AAAACUCACAAACACAUGAACUUAAAAUCAAUUUCGACAACAACAUUCAACGAACACCAGUCUAGAUAUCUUCAGCCAGCAAUAGUGAAAGAAUACAGGAGGACCCAGGCAGAGACAUUUGACGAGAUCAGAGCGAGUGAAGCGGGCCUCAUCCUUGGAGGGGAUGGGAGGAGUGACUCACCUGGGCAUUCUGCCAAGUACGGCUCGUACACGAUGAUGGACCUGAUGAGCAACAAGGUCAUUGAUGUCCAGCUUGUGCAAUGUACAGAGGUUAAGAACUCAAAUGCAAUGGAGCUAGAGGGACUCCGGAGGGGCCUGCGGAUACUUGACGAUGCUGGUGUGAUUGUACAAGGCAUAGUGACAGAUCGUCACAUGCAGAUAGCGAAGUUUCUCCGUGAGACGUACCAACAAAUUGAUCACCGAUAUGAUGUCUGGCACAUUGCGAAAGGGUUAAAGAAGAAGCUAAAAGCAUUGGCCAAGAUGAAGGACUGUGGAUUGGUUCAAGAUUGGUUGAGGGCCUUGGUAAACCAUGUAUACUGGACUGCCUCUUCUACUCCGGAUGGAGAUAAGGAUGUCAUGAAAGCCAAGUAUAAGAGGGCUAUGAACCACAUCAGAAAUCUUCACACAGAUGAAAACCCAGAGUACACUGCUUGUGAACAUGGUGAUGACUAUCCAGAGCGAGAAUGGUUGCAGUCAGGUACAAAGGUGUACGACAAGCUUCGAGAGGAAUGGCUGAGGACCAGACUGGUGAACGAUAUUGGGAUGAUGUCCCCACAUGCCCAAACCAGCAAGGUUGAAUCAUUCCACAACAUCCUCCUUCACUUUUGCCCCAAGUUGCUUGUAUACUCAUAUCAAGGGAUGAAGUGCAGAUUAUAUUUGGCUGUCCUACAUUGGAACGAAAAUUGUGAUAGAGCCCAGGCUGUUGAUGCCGAAGGGAACCCAGUGUACAGGUUGAAGUAUCCACGCUCGAAGGAAGGAGGCCACACAGUGGAGAGAGUGCUGACAGCUGGUACAUGUGGUAAGUAGCC